CAUUAGAGCGGGGGUUUAGUCCGCCAGCAGCCUUCAUGCCUGCCAACUGAGCUCCGUCCGGGGGGCAGCUCCUCUUCCCCAGCGCCGACGUGGAUUUACCGCCCGUGGGGGGGGGCUGAGCUCUCGUCUGCUUUCGGUACCGCACACCUGGGUUGGACGCUGGACGCCAUGUUGUGGAAACUGGCAGAUAACGUCAAGUACGAGGAGGACUGCGAGGACCGCCACGAUGGGAGCAGCAACGGAAACCCGCGUCUCCCGCACCUCUCGGCGGUCAGCCAGCACCUGUACAGCCCGGCCCCGCCGCUCUCCCACUCCGGAGCUUCCGACUUCCAGCCUCCUUACUUCCCCCCCCCUUACCAGCCGCUGCCUUACUCCCAGUCCAGCGACCCCUACUCGCACCUCGGGGACCCGUUCUCCAUCAACCCGCUGCACCAGCCGCCGCCGCCUCCCCCCAGCCAGCAGCAGAGCGCUUGGCCCAACCGCCAGAGCCAGGAGCCCGCCGGGCUCCCCCCGCACGGCCGCCCCGGCCUCGUCCCGCACCUCUCGGCGCUGGAAAGCGGCUCGGCCGGCGGCCGUCGGGAAACGUUCCGGCGCUCCGACCUCUUGUUGCCCCACGGGCACGGCCUGGAUGCCUCGGCGCUGGCCGACAACCUGGGGCUCCACGACAUGGCCCAUCAGAUAGAGGAUGUACAGAACGUGGAAGACCAACAUUUAUUAAUGCACGAUCAGACAGUCAUUAGAAAAGGUCCCAUUUCCUUAACGAAGAACAGCGCCCUGAGCCUCCCCUGCCAGAAGGACGGACUGAUCGGGGUGGUCAUUAACCCCAAUGAAGUGUUCUGCUCCGUGCCGGGCCGGCUGUCUCUCCUCAGCUCCACGUCCAAGUACAAGGUGACAGUGGCAGAGGUGCAGAGGCGGCUCUCCCCCCCGGAGUGUCUCAAUGCCUCUCUGCUGGGAGGUGUGCUCCGAAGAGCCAAAUCUAAAAAUGGUGGCAGAUCGUUAAGGGAAAAGCUGGAUAAAAUUGGUCUGAACCUCCCAGCUGGUAGAAGGAAAGCUGCAAAUGUGACACUAUUGACAUCUUUGGUGGAAGGUGAAGCUGUGCACCUUGCUCGUGACUUUGGGUACGUGUGUGAGACGGAGUUCCCUUCCAAGGCUGUGGCUGAGUACCUGACCCGGCCGCACAUGGGCCGCAACGAGAUGGCCAACAGGAAGAACAUGCUGCUGGCUGCCAAGCAAAUCUGCAAGGAAUUCACAGACCUCCUCACUCAGGACAGAACUCCGCUGGGAAACACGAGACCCAGUCCCAUCCUGGACCCUGGCAUCCAGGGCUGUUUGACUCAUUUUAGCCUGAUCACACAUGGCUUUGGGAGCGCUGCCAUCUGUGCUGCCAUGACAUCCGUCCAGAACUACCUAAAUGAAGCAUUAAAAAUAGCAGACAAAACAUACAUGAACACUGGCGACCAGAGCCCUGCAGAAACCAACAAAACCAUGGAUAAAAUGGACAAGCACAGGAAGUAAAGGAGAAAAAAAAACACAACAGACUUUAGACUCUUCCUCCUUAACGCAGACUGUGGGAGCCUCUUGCCGGGGGGAACGUAGCAAUUUGGGUACUUUUUUUUUUCUUCUUUAUUAAGAAAGGAGGGAAAAGGAAACGAGAACGACAAAAUCAUUUGGGAUCUUCACUCCUCCUGGAUCUGGGAGACAAGUCUUUCCAAAAGCUGCAGCGUCCGUUCUCUGUGGAAUCAGUGACCUGAAGAUAAGUACUUGGUACCCGCGUGUUGCCAUCCUUUGCUGUAAAAGUGGUGCUAUAAGGGUUGCUGAUGGAAAUAUACGAAGGGAUGAAAUAUGUAGAUUGCUUUCGCACAUCUCGGUAUCUGGUGGCGACCGGCUUCGUGUGUAGUUCUUAAGAGACAGAUUUGACAUGGGGUGGUUAUUUGUUAUCAGAUAAAUUUUCAGGGUUUUAUUCUCUCUUAAUACAACAGCAGCAGUAAAGCAGUAUUAAACAAUGCUACACAGAUUUAUGUACAUUAAAAUUUUUUAUGAACACCUGGAAAUAGAUUAUUCUUUGUUUCUUUUUUUUUUUUUUUCCCUUUAUCCCUUUAUUUUCAGAUUACCAUAAGAGAGUGCUAAAAUCCUGGUGGAUAAAGUUAUCUGAUGGCAUCGGACAUACUUGUUUGUAUGGAAACAUUCAGGCUUUUAAACACUGCAGUAACGUUGGCUGCAGUUGAAAUUAUCUCGGUAUUUUUUUAAUGGGGUACAGGACAAAAUGAAAAUGCUUUUAGAAAGUUCAUGUUCUGUGUCUGAGGGUAUCGCAGCUUUAUCCACAUAUUUAUAUUGUCUUUUUUUUUUAACUGGGGGGGGGGAACUUGGGGGAAAAAUAAGCACAUAACUUCUUGGGUAUUUUUUUUGCCUCGUAAGGCCAAAAACUAAUUUCCAGGGAGGCUUUAUGUGUAUUAAGGGAAGCUUCGUGUUGAAUGUAAAUAGUAAUUUAUGUGUAAUUUAAUCGGAUUUGUAAAUAAUGGUGAACUUUUUAAUACUUUUUUUUUUUUUAUAAAUGGGUUUUCAGAUUUUAAUUUUUGGUAAGUAUUCUGAAGGUAAUGGGUGUAAGCUAAACAUAUCUUUAGGUUUAUGCACAGGUAUGUUAUACAGGGUAUUUAAGACUUGGGGUUUUUUAAUAUCGCGAUUCUUGCCACUGAAAAUGGAAUCUAAUCUGAGGUGUGUGUUCACAAAGCGCAGUACCUUUGUGCAUCAUCCACCCAGCAGCUGACUAGACAUGCAAAACGAGUGUGUGAGUUCGUGUGUAUGUGAAUAAUGGAGAUUCUGAACUAUCUCUGCAUAUUUGUAAAUGUUCCCUCUAUAAUUCUGAUGUAUAUGAUAACCAUAUAAUAAAAAAUAUUCUGGAUAGAGGCAUGGAACGUUUUGUUAACUGAAAA